CUCGCGGAAGGGGCGUGGCCAGGCUGGCGCGGGAAGGGGGCGUUUUCCCGCGGAGUUGGUGCGGGGGGCACGGGAGGAGCGCGUGCGCGGCCAUGGCGGUGUUGGGGUACUGGGACAUCCGCGGGCUGGCCCAUGCAAUCCGCCUGCUGCUGGAGUACACAGAGACCCCCUAUGAGGACAAGCUCUACAGCUGCGGGGAAGCUCCUGACUAUGACAAGAGCCAAUGGAUCAAUGAGAAGGAGAAGCUGGGCCUGGACUUCCCCAAUCUCCCCUACUUCAUCGAUGGGAAAGUGAAGCUGACACAGAGCAACGCCAUCAUGCGCUACAUCGCCCGCAAGCACAAGAUGUGCGGUGAGACGGAUGAGGAGAUCCUGCGUGUGGACAUGCUGGAGAACCAGGUCAUGGAUUUCCGCAUGAGCCUGGUCAUGGUCUGCUACAACCCCGACUUCGAGAAGCUCAAGCCGGGGUACCUGGAGCAGCUCCCGGGGAAGCUGAAGCUGUUCUCCACCUUCCUGGGGGACAGGAAGUGGUUUGCGGGCGAGAAGCUCACCUUCGUGGACUUCCUCAUGUUCGAUGUCCUGGACCAGAACCGCAUCUUCGAGCCCAAGUGCCUGGAGCCCUUCAAGAACCUCAAGGACUUCAUGGACCGCUUUGGGGCCCUGGAGAAGGUGGCUGCCUACAUGAAGUCCAGCCGCUUCCUGAAGAUGCCCAUCAACAACAAGAUGGCCAAGUGGGGCAACAAGAAGGAGUAGGGGCUCGGUGUGGGGCUAGGACAGGGGGGUCC